AUGGAUACUCAAGACAAGUACCCCAAGAUAACAAACGAAGACGCCUUUCGUCUGACAACAACAACAGACUUGGAUCUCUCAAAGCUGGCCUCCCAGGAUGAUACGGCUGAGGAAGUUGACAUCAAACAGCUGGAGGACAUCCUGAAUGGGUGGCAAAAACAGAUUGAGCUGGUCCUGGUGAACAGUAAACUGCUGAGGAGAGAGGUGGCCUCCGGAGGGCCCCUGACUGAGUUAAAACACUGGCAACAGAAAUCUUCACUCCUGAACUCCAUCUUCAGCCAGAUCAGAGGCUCCGAGUGUCAGGCGGUGGUCAUGCUACUCUGCCGCAGCCGUCCCUCAAAGCUGCGGGAGUGGCUGGAGCUCGAUGCCAGACUCAUCGUCCAAGCUCACAGGGCAAAAGCAUACGAGAAGCUGCUGAGCAGCCUUUACGAAGCCUUUGAGCCGCUGUACAGCUUCAACCCGCCUGCUCUGAUGCAGAUCAUUCCGAGGAUCUUCAUUGCCACCGAUUUGAUUCACCGCUUCUCACCGUACGAUGACACGAGUGAAAAUGUUUCUGCGCUGCUCGUCCAGGUCACAGAUCAGCUGGUCACGCAGUGCAGAUCAUACGUCACCGACAACAACACGUGUCCCGUUUGGAGCCAAGAUCCAAAGGACCUCGUCAGGAAAAUUCAGGACUGUAACCGUCUGCAUCAAGAGUACAAGUCCUGCUUCCAGCAAACAACGGCUCAGUCAGAGGAGAGAGACGGGAUCAACGCCCUCAAGGUUUCAGAGGAAAAAGUCUUCUGCCAGCUUGGGGAUUUCUGCAGGAAGCUGGAGAUGAUCACACAGACUCUGUCCGUGCUGGAGACCUUUGACUGUCUGGGAAACGCAGACAUCAAGGGCAUGAAGCCUCUGGCCCAACAGAUCAACACCUUGUCCUCCAGCCUGAAGGGGAAGCCGUACGACGCGUUGGCUCCCGGAGAAACGCAGUUCCAAAAGGAUUUUGAGGCGUUUCUGAAAGAUGUCAGGAACUUUGAGAAUCGGCUGCAGGAAUUCAUGCGUUGGUCUUUCUCAGAAGUGGAUUCAUGGGACCAAGCUUCCUCUCUCAUGAAGCGAUUUCAGAGCCUCAAAAUUCCCUGUCUGGACGCACAGAUCAACAACAUCUUCAGCGAGGUUCUCCUGAAGAUUUACGCCUCAGAUUUACUGCGUGUGAAACUGGUGUUUGACCGUCAGAAUGACAACCCUCCAUUAAAGAGCAACGAGCCUCCUGUGGCCGGAAGGAUCCGCUGGGCUCGGGACCUCUUCACAACAAUCGAGGAGCCCAUAUCCUUCAUCAAAGAGAACUCUGACGUCCUCUCCGGCCCGGGGGGGCAAGACGUGAUCCGGAUGUACAACCGGACUGCUGCCGGCUUGGUGAAGUUUGAGUGUUUUCACCACCAGGCGUGGUUCGACGAAGCGUCCAAGCUGGAUCUGGGAAUCCUGAAUGUCACUCUGUUGGUCUGUCACCCGACAACAAAGAAGUUCUUUGUCAACUUCGAUCCAGUGCUCACUGAGAUCAUGGAGGAGACCAAGUCUUUGAACAGCAUGGAUCUGGAGGUCCCCAAAAACGCUCUGCAGUUGGUCAGGAUGGAAGGAAAGCUCGUCGGCGCUCGUCUCAGACUGCAGAUGGAAUACACACUCCUCAUAGGCGCCACACUGUUCAUCUGGUCGUGCUCAUACCUGGACAAGUACUUCCAAGAUUUGGAUGCCGCUUUGUCCGAGCUCACGACGCUUGCAGGAAAGGUGCGAGGCAUCAGUGAGAAGCACAUCGACACCAAUCUCCAGGACAUGUCUGGGACUUUACUCCUCGAGCUUCCAGAAGAUGCGUCCUCAGUCCAGCGCCUGACCGACCUGAACAAGCGCCACUGCCAGCAGUGUGUGAAGAGACUGGAGCUGCACUGCAGACACCUGGAGAGAGCCAUGGAGGAGCUGAGUGACGUGCUGCGACCGUCCAGCAGUGAGGAGGAGCCUUCUGCAGGUCGUGGAGGAGAGAAAGGAAGCCAUUUUGAAGAGGAGUUCAAGAGCCUUUAUGAGCUUUUAACCGAGCGAGUGUCCAACGCGGUCGUGGAAGCCACCAGAAUGUCUCUGGAGACCCUGAACAGAAGAGUCUGCGGCACUCAACCGAAAUCAAGAAAUGCCAAGUCGCGCCAGUCUUCAGAGGCGGAGUCUGUCCCGGUCCCACUGGUCAAAUCAGAGUUCCAGCUCGUCAAACCCAACGUGGUACUGGCUCCCACUGCGGACGAGAUCCAACAGGCCGUAAAUCAACUCAUCCUCCUGGUGCUGGAUGUGAGCAAAGGGGUUUUGUGGUCUCCAGAGUUCAGCCACGGUCACACAAAGAGCACAGAAAAGGACAACUUGUUUGACCGUGUUUCCAAACAACGAGACGUGGAGAAGGCCGUCGCCUUACUGAAGCAAGGCCUCGGCUCCCAGAUGGAGAAAACCCGAGACGUCCUCCAACAGUUUGAGCCCUUCAGAGAGAUCUGGGACCAGGACAAGGACGUCACUGUCAAGGAGUUCUUCGACAGCAGCCCAUCUUUAACCCAGGUCCAGGCUGACCUCCAGCGCUACGACUCAGUGGAGGACAACAUUCAGGACAUCAAGGCCGUCCUCGUUUCAGGCUUCAUGGAGAUCUCAACAGAUGCGCUGAAGGAAGCCCUGAGCGCCGAGACCAGCGCCUGGAAGGAGCUGCUCUGCAGAAGCCUGAGAGAGGAGUACCAGAAGAAGACCACGGACCUCCGGGCGCAGGGCGACCAGUACCUGGCGCUGCUGUCACAGCCUUUGGUUGACCUGAAAGAUGCGCUUCGUGCCUCAAAGACGCUGUCUGACCUGCAAGAGGCAGAACUGGACAUCCACACCACGCUGACCUCUAUCAAGGACGCCUACGAACUCCUGAUGCAGAGUGAAGCGGAGGUGACCCAGGAAGAAGCGCUGGGAGUUAAAAAGCUCAGGCAGUUCUUCGACAAGCUCAAGUCUAAAGCCAGUUCAGUGCAGGAGAAGUUUGUCAGUUUGCAGCCCCAGUUGAGUGUGGACCUCCUGCAGAGUGUGGCUGUUUUCAAACACGACGUUCCUGCGUUCAUGAAGGAGUAUGAGACUGAAGGUCCAGGGGUCGAGGGAAUCGCUUCACAGGAGGCCAGCCGCAGGUUCCACGCCUUUCAGGCUCGGUUUGAGGAGUUAUGGGACAAUUUCAACUUGUACUCAUCAGGAGAGCGGCUUUUGGGUCUGCCAGUCACACGGUAUCCUGCGCUCCAUGCCACCAAGAAAGAGCUGGACCUGCUUCAGAAGCUGUACGGUGUGUUCGACGCGGCGAUGAGUAAGAUCAGCGGCCACUGCAGCACCUUGUGGACAGAGGUGGACAUCACAACCAUCAAAGCAGAACUUUUGGAGUUCCAGAACAGGUGCCGGCGGCUCCCCAGUGCUCUGAGGGACGGGCAGGCCUUCCUGAACGUGAAGCAGACCAUUGACGACUUCAGCGAGUUGUGUCCUCUGCUGGAAAUGAUGGCAGACAAAGCAAUGAUAAAGAGACACUGGCAGCAGAUCACAGACUUGACCGGGCACCGGUUCGAGGUGGAGUCGGAUGCGUUCACUCUGCAGAAUGUCGUGGAAGCGCCUCUGUUGGAGCACAAGGACGACAUCGAGGACAUCUGCAUAUGUGCCGUGAAGGAGAAGGACAUCGAAGAGAAGCUGUCCCAAGUGAAGGAGGUGUGGCUGGAGCAGAGGCUGAGCCUGACCACAUUCAAGCAGAGAGGAGAGCUGCUGCUGAAUCCAGGCGAAACGACGGAAAUCCUCACACUUCUGGAAGACGGCCUGAUGGUGCUGAGCUCGCUGCUCACCAACAGAUACUGCAGCUUCUACAAAGCAGAGGUCCAGGACUGGAGCUCCAAGCUGCUGACGUGCUCCGACGUGAUCGAGCAGUGGUGCGUGGUCCAGAACCUGUGGGUCUACCUGGAAGCCGUGUUCGUGGGAGGAGACAUCGCCAAGGAUCUUCCUCAGGAAGAGGAGCGUUUCCAGAAUAUCGACAAGUCCUGGGUGGAGGUGAUGGAGCGAGCGCAGAAGGUCCCGAAUGUGGUGGAGUGCUGCGCAGGCGAGCCCACUCUGGCCAAACGGCUGCCCGGCCUGCAGAAAGAGCUGGAAUACUGUCAGAAAUCUCUGGCAGUGUACCUGGAGAAGAAAAGACUGCUGUUUCCACGGUUCUUCUUCGUCUCUGAUCCGUCUCUUUUGGAAAUUCUUGGACAAGCCAGCGACUCUCACACGAUUCAGCCGCAUCUCCUCGGACUGUUUGACAACGUGAAUGAAGUCGAGUUUGAUGCAACAGAAUAUGACAAGAUUCUGAGUGUUCGCUCCCGAGAAGGAGAGGAGCUGCCGCUGAUCCAGCCCGUCGUGGCCCAGGGACCGGUGGAGCAGUGGCUCGGCCAGCUGUUGGUGCAGCAGCAGGCUUCGUUACACUCCAGGAUCAGAGAAGCCGACGCGGAGAUCAUGGAGGGAGACUUGGAACUCAUCCCCUUCCUCGACAAGUUCCAGGCGCAGGUGGGACUGCUGGGAAUCCAGAUGCUCUGGACACUGGAUGCUGAGGAGGCUCUGGAACAAGCAGAAUCCAAUAAGAAGAUCAUGCGUGACACCAAGCAGCAGUUUCUCAGCAUGCUGGCGACACUGAUCAAGCAGACCACCCACGACCUGAGCAAAUUCGACCGAGUGAAAUACGAGACGCUGGUGACGAUCCACCUGCACCAGAGCGACAUAUUCAACGACCUGGUUGCAAAGCGCAUUAGAGGUUUCAAAGACUUUGAAUGGCUGAAGCAGACCAGAUUUUACUACAGCCCAAACUCGGAUAAGGUCUUCGUCCCCAUCACCGACGUGGUCUUCGUGUACCAGAACGAGUUCCUGGGCUGCACCGACCGCCUGGUCAUCACUCCACUCACCGACAGAUGCUACAUCACGCUGGCCCAGGCUCUGGGAAUGAGCAUGGGAGGAGCGCCCGCCGGGCCCGCCGGCACCGGGAAGACUGAGACCGUGAAAGACAUGGGCCGCUGCCUGGGCAAGUACGUGGUGGUGUUCAACUGCUCCGACCAGAUGGACUUCAGAGGACUCGGAAGGAUAUAUAAAGGCCUCGCCAUGUCCGGAUCGUGGGGCUGCUUCGACGAGUUCAACAGAAUCGACCUGCCGGUUCUCUCCGUGGCCGCUCAGCAGAUGAACGUCAUUCUGGCGGCGCGCAAGAAUCAGCAGAGCACCUUUGUCUUCACUGACGGAGACCGCGUGGAUCUGAACCCGGAGUUCGGACUGUUCAUCACCAUGAAUCCCGGGUACGCGGGCCGCCAGGAGCUCCCCGAAAACCUGAAGGUGCUGUUCAGGACCGUGUCCAUGAUGGUUCCAGACCGGCAGAUCAUCAUGAGAGUCAAGCUGGCCAGCUGUGGCUUCAACCAGAACACCAUCUUAGCCCGGAAGUUCUUCGUUCUGUACAAACUCUGCGAGGAACAACUCACCAAACAGGUCCACUACGACUUUGGGCUGAGGAACAUUCUGUCGGUGCUCAGAACGCUCGGCGCCUGUAAAAGAGAAAGACCCGACGACACAGAGUCCAGCAUCGUGAUGAGAGUGCUGCGGGACAUGAACCUGUCUAAACUGGUGGAUGAGGAUGAGCCGCUCUUCCUCAGUCUGAUCAACGACCUGUUUCCUGGCAUCCGGCUGGACGGAAGCACCUACACUGACCUCCAAGCUGCCGUGUCCCAUCAGGUGGAGCUGGCCGGCCUCGUCAACCACCCGCCCUGGAACCUCAAGCUGGUCCAGCUGUACGAGGCCAUGCUUGUUCGCCACGGCCUGAUGACUUUGGGCCCGAGCGGAGCCGGGAAGACCAGCGCCAUCAACAUCCUCAUGCGAGCUUUGACUGAAUGUGGGAGUCCGCACCGGGAGAUGAGGAUGAAUCCCAAAGCGAUCACAGCUCCGCAGAUGUUCGGCCGACUGGACGCAGCCACCAACGACUGGACGGACGGGAUCUUCUCCACCCUGUGGAGGAGGACGCUCAAAGCGAAGAAAGGCGAAUUCAUCUGGCUCGUGCUGGACGGGCCCGUGGACGCCAUAUGGAUCGAAAAUCUCAACUCUGUGCUGGACGACAACAAGACACUGACCCUGGCGAACGGCGACCGCAUCCCGAUGUCGCCCAACUGCAAGCUGGUGUUCGAGGUGCACAACAUGGAGAACGCCUCCCCUGCCACCGUGUCCCGGCUGGGCAUGGUCUUCAUGAGCUCGUCUGCUCUCGGCUGGAAGCCCAUCCUCCAGGGCUGGGCUCGCAAGCGCACCGCGCAGGAGGCAAAGAGCAUUUUGGGUUUGUACAGCAAGAUCUUCAAGGACGUCUACGUGUUCAUGAAGCAGAACCUGAAACCCAAAAUGGAGCUGUUGGAGUGCAACUACCUGACGCAGUCGGUGAACAUCCUGGAGGGCCUCCUCCCCACCACGGAAGUUCCCGGCUUCGCUGGUGGCAAACACCUGGAGCGCCUCUUUGUCUUCUCGCUCAUGUGGAGUGUGGGAGCGCUGCUGGAGCUGGAGGACCGGGACAAGCUGGAGGCCUACAUCAGGAGCCACGGCAGCCACAUCGACGUGCCUCUGAAGCAGCCCGGAGAAACGAUGUUCGAGUACAUGGUCAACCCCGAAGGUGACUGGUGUCAUUGGAACGAGCACGUUGGGGAAUACGUGUAUCCAACCGACCACGUGCCGGACUACACCUCCAUUCUUGUGCCCAACGUGGACAACACGAGGACGGCGUUCCUGCUGGAGGCGAUCGCCAAACAGCGCAAGGCCGUCCUGCUGAUCGGCGAACAAGGAACAGCGAAGACAGUGAUGAUCAAAGGCUUCACCAAGAAAUUCGACCCGGAGACCGACCUCUUCAAGUCCCUCAACUUCUCCUCCGCCACAGAACCCGUCAUGUUUCAGAGAACCCUGGAAAGCUACAUCGAGAAGAGGAUUGGCAGCACUUACGGACCUCCGGGAGGACGCAGGAUGACCGUCUUCGUCGAUGACAUCAACAUGCCUGUUGUGAACGAAUGGGGAGACCAGAUCACCAACGAGAUCGUGCGUCAGAUGAUGGAAAUGAGCGGCAUGUACAACCUGGACAAGCCGGGAGACUUCACCACUGUGAAGGACGUCCAGAUCCUGGCUGCCAUGAUUCACCCGGGCGGCGGGAGGAACGACAUCCCGCAGCGACUCAAGAGACAGUUCACCGUCUUCAACUGCACGCUGCCGUCAAACGCCUCCAUCGACAAGAUCUUUGGCGUCAUCGGCUGUGGAUAUUUCCAUGGAUGCAGGAAUUUCACCAGUAGCGUCACAAACACGGUGAAGUCCCUGGUGUCCGCUGGGAGGAUUCUGUGGCAGUGGACAAAGGCCAAAAUGCUUCCGACACCGUCCAAGUUCCACUACAUCUUCAACUUGAGAGAUCUGUCCAGGAUUUGGCAGGGCAUGCUGACCAUCAGAGCAGAGGAGUGUGGCGAUGUCCCCACUCUCCUGGCUCUGUUCAAGAGUGAAUGUACCCGAGUGAUCGCAGACAGGUUCAUUUGCUCCGAGGACAGAGAGUGGUUCGACGAGUCCCUGACCCGUGUCAUCAAGGACCACGUGGACCCGAGGCUCGUCUCGGAGCUUCACCCCGAGCCCUUCUUUGUGGACUUCUUCCGAGACGCACCCGAACCCACCGACGAAGACGAUGAGGACGCCUGCUUUGACGCUCCCAAAGUUUAUGAGCUGGUCCCCAACUUUGAGUUUUUGUCGGAGAAGCUGAAGUUUUAUCAGACUCAGCACAACGAAAUGGUCCGAGGCUCCAGCUUGGACCUGGUUUUCUUCAAAGAUGCAAUGACUCAUCUUGUCAAGAUCUCCAGAAUCAUUCGAACUGACGGUGGGAACGCCAUGCUGGUGGGAGUGGGAGGAUCAGGGAAGCAGAGCCUGACUCGCCUGGCUUCAUACAUCGCCGGAUACGACAUCUUCCGGAUUACUCUGACCAAAACAUAUAACAUGAGCAAUUUCAUGGACGACCUGAAGGAUCUGUACAAGACAGCCGGCGCCGAGGGAAAAGGAAUCACCUUCGUCUUCACGGACGGCGACAUCAAGGACGAGGCUUUCCUGGAGUACCUCAACAACAUUCUGUCUUCAGGAGAGAUUUCCAAUCUGUUCGCCAAAGACGAGAUUCAAGAGAUCACCCAGAAUCUGAUCCCAGUGAUGAAGAAGGAGUCUCCCCGAACUCCGCCAACGUUCGACAACCUGUACGACUUCUUCAUAUCCCGAGCACGGAAGAAUCUGCACGUGGUUCUCUGUUUCUCUCCGGUGGGACCCAAGUUUCGGUCCCGGGCGCUGAAGUUUCCCGGCUUGAUUUCCGGCUGCACCAUGGACUGGUUCACUCCGUGGCCCGCCGAGGCUCUGGCGGCCGUGGCCAAUCACUUCCUGUCCGAUUUUCCGAUGGACUGCCCAGCCGAGGUGAAGUCUGCUGUGGUGACCACCAUGGGAACCUACCACGACAAAGUGGCCGACGUCUGCGAGCAAUACUUUGAAAGGUUCCGACGGAGGACUCACGUCACCCCCAAGUCCUUCCUGUCAUUCAUAAAUUGUUAUAAGACGGUGUAUGCCGAAAAGCACGAGUCCAUCAACACCCUGGCAGAGCGCAUGAAUGUCGGGUUGUUCAAACUGGUGGAGGCCAACGAGUCGGUGGCAAAGCUGUCAGAAGAGCUGGUGGUGAAGGAGAAGGAGCUGGCUGUAGCGUCUGCUAAAGCCGACGAGGUGGUGGCAGAGGUGACGGUCAGCGCCGAGGCGGCCACCGUAGUCAAGAACGAGGUGGAGAAGGUGAAGGAUAAAGCCCAGAAGAUCGUGGAAGGGAUCGAGAGGGAGAGAGCUAUCGCAGAGGAGAAACUGGAAGCUGCCAGACCAGCGCUGGAAGAGGCGGAAGCUGCACUCAACACCAUCAAGCCAUCUGAUAUUGCCACGGUGAGAAGGCUGGCCAAGCCUCCAAAGCUGAUCAUGACCAUUAUGGACUGCGUCCUGAUUCUGUUCAAGAAGAAGACGGACUGCACCGUUUCUCAAGACGCCAAAAUGUCGCCCUCAUGGCCCCAGGCCUUGAAGCUCAUGAGCGCCCCGGGUUUCCUGCUGUCCCUGCAAAACUUCCAGAAGGACACGAUCACUGACGAGGUCGUGGCCCUGCUGGAGCCCUACUUCGCCCUGCCGGAAUACACCAUGGAAAACGCCAGGAAAGUGUGCUCCAAUGUGGCUGGCCUGUUAGCCUGGACCCGUGCGAUGGCGACCUACUACCACAUCAAUAAGGAAGUGGUGCCACUCAAGGCUAACUUGGCCAUUCAGGAAAGCAAGCUGGAAGAGGCUAAUGAGAAGCUGGACCAGGCUAACGCUCAGCUGGCUGAGAAGGAAGCAGAGUUCAACAAAGUCAAAGCCAAGCAUGACGCCGCCGUGAAGGAGAAGCAGGACCUGGAGGACGACGCUAAACGCUGCAAGAAUAAAAUGCAGGCUGCAACGGAGCUCAUUGAUGGCCUGAGUGGGGAGAGAGAACGCUGGACGGAGCAGAGCAAACAGUUCAAAUCGCAGAUAAACAGGCUCGUCGGCGACGUCCUCCAGCUGGCCGGCUUCCUGUCGUACUGCGGGCCGUUCAACCAGCGUUUCCGUGACAUCCUGCUGAAGACGGUGUGGGAGGCGGAGCUGAGGAAGGCCGACAUCCCUUUCUCAAAAGACCUGGACAUCCUCUCUGCCCUCGUGGACCCUGCAACUAUCAGUGAGUGGAACCUUCAGGGACUCCCAGGAGAUGACUUGUCUGUGCAGAACGGCAUAGUCGUCACUAAAUCCACCAGAUACCCGCUCCUCAUCGACCCCCAGACUCAGGGGAAGGCUUGGAUCAAGAAGAAAGAAGAGGCCAACUCGCUGCAGGUGACGUCGCUCAACCACAAGUUCUUCCGCACUCACCUGGAGGAAUGUCUCUCUCUGGGACGCCCGCUGCUCAUCGAGGACAUCAGCGAGGAGCUGGACCCGGCUCUGGACAACGUCCUGGAGAAGAACUUCAUCAAGUCUGGGACCAGCUUCAAGGUCAAAGUGGGAGACAAAGAGGUGGACAUAAUGGACGGCUUCAAGCUCUACAUCACCACCAAACUGCCCAAUCCAGCGUACACCCCCGAGAUCAGCGCCAAGAUGUCCAUCAUCGACUUCACUGUGAACCAGAAGGGCCUGGAGAACCAGCUGCUGGGCCGCGUCAUCCUCACAGAGAAAUACGAACUGGAGGAAAGGAGACUGAAGCUCAUCGAGGACGUAGCUGCCGAUAAGAGGACCAUGCAGGAGCUGGAAGACAACCUGCUGUACAAACUCAGCACCACUAAAGGCUCCCUGGUCGACGACGAGUCCAUGAUCGGCAUCCUGAACACCACCAAAAACACCGCCGCCGAGGUCAGCGACAAGCUCAGCGAGGCGGCCGACUCCGAGGAGAUGAUCAACAAGGCUCAGGCGGAGUAUCGUCCUGUGGCCACUCGGGGCAGCAUCCUGUACUUCCUCAUCACAGAAAUGAGCAUGGUCAACGUCAUGUACCAGACCUCCCUCAGCCAGUUCCUCAGAGUCUUCGAUCUGUCGCUGGAGAGGUCUGACAAGUCCCGGAAAACCAAGCAACGGAUCAAGAACAUCAUCAACUACCUGACGUACGAGGUGUUCAGAUACACCGUCAGGGGCCUGUAUGAAGAACACAAGUUCAUCUUCACAGUCCUGCUGGCCCUCAAGAUCGACCUGCAGCGAGAAGCGAUAAACCACGACGAGUUCCAGGUCUUCGUGAAAGGUGGAGCCGCUCUGGACUUGAAGACCUGCCCUCCAAACCCCCACAGCUGGAUCCUGGACAUGGUCUGGCUAAACCUGGUGGAGCUCGACAAACUGCCACAGUUCUCCGGCAUCUUGAACAAGGUGUCUAAGAAUGGAAAACGGUGGAAAGCCUGGUUCGACCUGGACGCACCGGAGGAAGGAGUCAUUCCCGGCGGAUACAGCGCUCUCGGCAUCUUCCACAAACUGUUGCUGAUCAGGUCGUGCUGCCCCGACCGGACUUUGUGUCAGGCCGUCAAGUACGUGGGAGAGUCUGUGGGCGGGAAGUUCGCCGAGCCCGUCAUCCUGAACCUCCGCAGCACCUGGCAGGAAAGCGACCCCCGCACGCCUCUGAUCUGCUUCCUGUCGAUGGGCUCCGACCCCACCGACCAGAUCGAAGUGCUGGCUACCAGACUGGGAGUCGAAUGCAACGCCAUAUCCAUGGGCCAAGGACAAGAGGUGCAUGCCAGGAAGCUGCUUCAAACCUCGAUGACUCAGGGAGGCUGGGUGCUUCUGCAGAACUGCCAUCUGGGUUUGGACUUCAUGGAGGAGUUGCUGGAAACCGUCACGGGCGCCGAGAGCGUGCAGGACAGCUUCAGAGUGUGGAUCACCACCGAGCCGCACAGCAAGUUCUCCAUCACUCUGCUGCAGUCCUCCAUCAAGUUCACCAACGACCCUCCUCAGGGGAUCCGCGCCGGCCUGAAGAGGACGUUCACAGGGAUUUCCCAGGAGCAGCUGGAAGUCAGCGACCUGCCCUUGUGGAAGCCUCUGCUGUACAGUGUGGCCUUCCUCCACACUGCUGUGCAGGAACGACGCAAGUUUGGAGCGCUGGGUUGGAACAUCCCGUACGAGUUCAAUUCGGCUGAUUUCAGCGCGAGCGUUGAGUUUGUGAAGAGGCACCUGGAGGACUGCGGCCCUGGGAAGGAUGUGUCGUGGGUGACGCUGCGCUACAUGCUGGCCGAGGUGCAGUACGGAGGAAGGGUCACCGAUGACUACGACAAGCGUCUCUUGCAGUGCUUCGCCCAGGUGUGGUUCAACAGCAAGGUGUUGGAUCCAGCUUUCUGCUUCAGCUCCGGCUACAAGAUCCCCGUGUGUGAGAAGGUGGAGGACUACCUGGAGUACAUCCAGAGUCUGCCCCCCGUGGAUUCACCACAAGCUCUCGGCCUGCACCCAAAUGCAGAUAUCACAUAUCAGACAAACACCUCCGCCUUAGUGUUCGACACCAUCACCAACAUUCAGCCCAAAGAAAGCGGAGGAGGAUCGGGGGAGACUCGGGAGUCGGCGGUGUACAGCAUGGCAGAGGACAUGCUGAGGAAACUGCCCCGGGACUACGUGCCUCACAAGGUCACAGCCAGGCUGAAGAAGAUGGGAGCUCUGUGCCCGAUGAACAUCUUCCUGCGUCAGGAGGUGGAUCGACUGCAGAGGAUUCUCACGGUGGUGCGCGUCACUCUGACCGACCUGAAGUUAGCCAUCGACGGCACCAUCAUCAUGAGUGAGAACCUCCAAGACGCCCUGGACAACAUUUUUGACGCCCGUGUCCCAAAUCUGUGGAAGAAGAUCUCCUGGGAGUCGUCCACACUGGGCUUCUGGUUCACGGAGCUGCUGGAGAGGAACCAGCAGCUCCACAGCUGGGUGUUCAAGGGGCGACCCCAAAGCUUCUGGAUGACCGGAUUCUUCAACCCACAAGGGUUUCUAACGGCGAUGAGACAGGAAGCCACCCGAGCGAACAAAGGCUGGACUCUGGACACGGUCACUCUCAACAGCGAGGUCCUGACCAAGUCCAAAGACGAGAUCAAGUUUUCACCCAGAGUGGGAGUCUAUGUCCACGGCUUGUACCUGGACGGCGCCGGCUGGGACAAGAGCAAGAGCUGCCUGGUGGAGUCCUCUCCCAAAGUCCUCUUCACUCCGAUGCCCGUCAUCCACAUCUUUGCGGUGAACUCCACGGCCCCGGCGGCCCCCGGCCUCUACGUCUGCCCCGUCUACAAGAAGCCGCAGCGCACCGACCUCAACUACAUCACGGCGGUGACGCUGCCGAGCGGCCAGUCCCCGGACCAGUGGGUCCUGCGAGGCGUCGCCCUGCUCUGCGACAUCAAGUAG